AUGCCGCAAAGAACGCACACAGAGGCCAUCCAGCACCUAGCUGUACAUGUGAGAUUCAAUCACGGUGGGCGUUUGAGCACAUCUUAUUUCCAAGAGGCCAUUCGCAUCGCCAAAGAGCAACUGUCCAUUGCGCGGAUGGGCUGCGUCUUCUUCACCAAUGAGCCAAAGAAGCUUCAGAGGCGCUGGAAGACAAAGGUCUGUGGCAAGGAUCAUGCAACCUUCAACGACCUGAGCUUGCGCGAUGAUGUGGUCUUGGCGGUGAUGGCCAUUUGCUGCGCAGGCAUCGUGCUGAGCAAUUCGACCUUCAGCUGGUGGGCUGCCAUUUUUGGGGGCUACAAGGUUGUGCUGGCGCCGGAGAUGUCUGGAGACGGGCCCUUUCGACUGGGGCGUGCCGCUGGUUGGACCCAGAUCGGACCAAAAGGGGUGCAGCGGUGGAUUUUUUGCGCCACGUGA